AUUUUAUUCAUUUUAAUGAGGCAAAUAUUGAGGAACAAGGUUUCCCAUUCAACCGACAUUUACCAAAGCCUUCUCAUUCUCUCUUCACAACAAGACAUAAUAAAAAACAUAUUGAUUUAUUAAUUAGUACCUUUUUCUCCUCCUUCAUUAUUUAUUUAUUUUAUUUUCAUUUCCUUUUUUCUUUCUUUAUUUCUGUUCCCAUCCUCGAUUGUCUCUCUUUUUAAUCUUUUGCACUGAUCCACAUCUCUCUCUUAAAAAGUGACUCUUGAAAACCACAUCGUGCCCUUUAAGCAAAUUCAGGAUUUUGGCCACUCCUGAUCUGCUUUGCUUUUCCUUGUUUAGGGUUGUCUUCUUUUCUUUGUCUCACACAGAAUUCAGAAUUCUUUCCAACUACAUACAAAAGUAACAUAGAGAGGAUGAUGGCUGGAAAUGGACAACUAUCAGUUCCUCCAGGCUUCCGAUUCCAUCCAACUGAUGAAGAGCUUUUGUACUAUUAUCUGAAGAAGAAGGUCUCCUACGAAGCCAUUGAUCUUGAUGUUAUAAGGGAGGUCGACCUCAACAAACUUGAGCCCUGGGACCUCAAAGAGAAAUGCAGAAUUGGUUCUGGUCCACAGAACGAAUGGUAUUUCUUCAGCCACAAGGACAAGAAAUAUCCAACAGGAACCCGAACAAAUCGAGCAACCACAGCUGGAUUUUGGAAAGCGACAGGAAGAGACAAGGCCAUCCACCUCAGCAACUCUAAGAGGAUUGGCAUGAGGAAAACCCUAGUCUUCUACACUGGACGUGCUCCUCAUGGCCAAAAGACUGAUUGGAUCAUGCAUGAGUACCGUCUGGAUGAUGACAAUUCAGAGGUUCAGCAGGAAGAUGGCUGGGUGGUUUGUAGGGUUUUCAAGAAGAAGAAUCAAACUAGAGGUUUUCUACCAGAAGCUGCUCAAGAAGAACACUUCUCUCACAUGAAGGCUGGCGCUUCUUCUGUAUCGAUGGAGCCCAAACAGCAUCACAUGCAAGCACUAUAUGACUAUAACUUCGAUGGUUCCAUGCAUCUUCCUCAGUUAUUUAGUCCUGAAUCGGCUGCUGUUCCCCCAUCCUUUGUGACACCUCUCUCUCUCAACACCAUGGAUAUCGAGUGCUCUCAAAACUUGCUCAGGCUAACAUCAACUAGUUGUGGACUCGUGCAACCGGAAAGGUUUCAUGGCGAUUGGUCAUUUCUAGAUAAGCUUCUGGCAUCUCAUCAAAGCCUUGAUCAUCAAGGCAAAGGCAACCCUUCAUCCCAAGUUGUUGACAUGGGUGCUUCAGUUCAUCAUCAGAAGUUCCCAUUUCCAUACCUUGGCUGUGAAACUGACAUUAUGAGAUUUUCCAAAUAGAGCAAUUGCAAAUCUCCAAUACUGCAUCUUUUAUUCCUAAGUGCGCUGUAGAGCAGACAUUUCUGUUCAUAUACAGCAGGGAUGCAGCCAUGCAUGUUAAGUACUUGGUUAAAAUUCCACUCCUUGCUAUUUCAUGAGUCCUUUGGUUUUUCAAUAUAAGAAUGUAUAUAGGCAAAUAUGUUCCUGUUCAA